AUGGACCAGGAAGAGCUCGAGAAGGGCUGUCACGCUUUGAUUGACGGCGUUGAAACACCAUAUGACUACCAACCAUCACUACCCUCGGGAAUUACAUUUCUGGUGCUUUUCGGGUUGUCCAUGAUAGCACACACCAUUCAGCUCGUCUGGAAACGCCAAUGGUGGUGUGCUGUGUUCUCAAUUGGUUGCCUGACUGAGAUUUUGGGAUGGGGCGCACGAACUUGGUCGGCAGUUUGCCCGUAUUCGAUGGAUGCCUUUCUCAUGCAAAUGUCAACUCUUGUCAUUGCACCAACAUUUUUCACCGCCGGGAUCUACGUCCUCCUCGGCAGUCUCAUCCGAGCCGUCGGGCCCGAAAGCUCCUUCUUGCGACCACGAUGGUACCUCUGGAUUUUCUGUACCUGUGAUGUCAUCUCUCUAGUAAUUCAAGCCAUUGGUGGAGGAAUGGCCGCAUCUGAGGCCAGCAAAGUGGACGGAGAUACCAAACCAGGAACCCAUAUCAUGAUAGCGGGCAUCAUCUUCCAGAUGGCAGCCAUAACUGCGUUUGUGGUUUGCGGCAUUGACUUCCUUCGGCGGUCACGAAAGUCUCACCUGCGGGAAAAGUUCACCGUUCGUAUGCGUUACUUAGUGCUGGCGACAAUCGUUUCGGUGGUUGCGAUAUAUGUCAGAAGCAUUUACCGGACGGUCGAGCUGCUGGAAGGCUGGGAGGGCUACUUGAUAACGACCGAGUGGUUCUUUAUCGGCCUGGAUGGCAUCACUAUGGUGUUGGCAGUGGUAGUUUUCAACUUUAUUCACCCUGGUUGGUUUCUGCCGGAGACGACGGUCAAAGAGAUCUUGUCUGUGCAUAGCGAUGAAAUUGCUCUACAAACUAUAAGCGAGGCAUGA